AUGGAGUUUGUUAACAAAGCCAUUGAUUUUGGUUCAUCGAAAUUAAAAUAUAAUAAAAGGUUUAUGAAAUGGGAUUUAAAGGGCCACCCUCUUAAAAUUUCAGACAAAAGACUUUAUUUUUUAAUAUUAUUAUUAAUAUUACCGACUAUUGAAAUGGCAAUAUGUAUUCACAUAAUUAAAGAUAUUUACUUAGCAAUAGUUGUUUUUCACUUAACCAUUACAAUAGGGCCAAUAUUUUAUUUAUUUUUAAAUUCAAAAUUUGUUAAAGAUGAAAACAACAUUAUAAAUUACAAUAUUAAUAAUGAUGACAGUAUCAAUAGUAAUGAUAUUUACUAUUGUAAUAGUGAUAAUGAAAGUAAUUGCAGUAGUAUUAAUAGCAAUGCAACCAUCUCAAUAUAUAACCCAACACCAAAACCAGUAUACAAUAGAGACAUUGUUGAUAACAUAAACGAAGACGAACAUUUAAUCGAAAUUCAUUCAAGAAAUUUAUUGGAGGAUGAUAUCAAAUCAAUGUCCUUACCUAAAAGGAUUUUUAAGUCUUUGUUCUCACUACCCCAACUAUUUAUAGGUCUUUUAUUAAUGAUAGCUGGUUUAGCAUUCGGUUUGUUAUGCUACUAUCUGCUUGCUUUUUACAUACCAAAUGUUGUAUCUAGAUUAAAAGAUUAUGGAAUGUUAUCCUAUUCAUUCUUUGCUGAAUAUAUAUUUUAUAUUUAUUUUUCGGUUAUAAACCCAAUCAUGGAGGAAUGGUUUUGGAGAAUGUUCUUACUAAAUACCUUUGGCACAACAAAAUUAAAUAGAUUUAUUAUAACUGCUUUUUAUUCCUUUUAUCAUUUUGUUGUUUUAACAGUAUUUUAUAAUAUUUUCUUCAGUAUGUUUUUAACAACAGUGGUAUUUGUUGGGGGAUUAAUGUUUCUAUAUAUAACCAAAUAUGUUGGUCCUUUAGCAUCAAUUUUAUCUCACUGCGCAGCCGAUAUAAUGAUCGUUUUUAUUAUUUCAAAUAUGACCUUAAAAUGGCUACCUUAUUUAAACUAUUAA